AUGCAACUUGCAACUUUUGUGUUGAAUUCAAGAAAUUCAUUGGGCACGGAUCACCAGCUUCAUGGCCUGCGCUUCCUAUCGUUCUUCUCACCAACAUCGUCAAUACUUGCGCAGAAGAAGGAUCAAGCUCUCUCGAGACAGUCAGAGUGGACUGCCAUGUACGGCCGAGCUGGCUCGAGUCGUGAUGGCGCAAGCACCGAUUCGGCCCCUACCGAUGGUCGACUUGAUCCAUGUUCGGCAUCUCCUCAUGCUCGGAUGAGCCGAAGAAAGUCGCGCUCACAUCAUUCAGCAUCACGAUCACGUUCACUGUCAGACGCCUCCAUGUCGUCUCGCUCGUCGCAUUCUCCAUCGCAUCCCCACAGCUCACGGUCUCGAUCGCCAUCGCCUCGCCAAAACUCUGUGGGCGUUAGUGCCGACCGUCUGGACUCCAAACGUCGCACAAACAAGACAGCAUUACGUAUCGACUUCUUGACCCACAACGUGCGUGAGUCGCAUCUACAUCACAUCUUUGGCUGGUACGGUCAAGUGGAACGUGUUCACCUCACACCGAGUAGAGGCACAGGCAAGGAGCGCGAUGGGUCCGCCUAUAUCUUCAUGUCUUGCGUCGAGGAGGCGGCAAAGGCGGCACUGUACAUGAACGGUGGCCAGAUCGAUGGCGCCAGCCUGACCAUCAAGACUUGUGAGCCGCCAACGGAUCUCCCCAGUCAACGGCCGGAAAUGCGCAGCAGGGAUAGACCGCCAAUCGGCAUCGCCAGCAGAGAUCGACGUGCUGUUCGCCACGAGCCAUACAGAGCGGGCACGGAAUGGCAUUCGCAUCGAGAAAGGGAAGAUUCAUCGCGCGCCAUGCAUCCAGACCGUCAUCGAAUGAUUUCCACUGGUAGGCAGGAUUCGCUUCGAAGUAGCAACGGUUACGACCAGCCGGCACCGAUGCGAAGGUGGGGUCACCCCAGUGAUUCACGACACGACUCGGCACGAGGCAGAGAUCGCUCGGCAUCACCUCCUUUGUCGCCGCGAAGAGGCUCCCAACGACGAUCUUCCGAGGCCAUGCGUGCUUCACCCUCCUACUGA